GGGUUGAAAUAAGCCUUAACAACUCAAGGCAAAAAUCCCUCCACUAACCUGAUUAAGUUAAGAAAGCGCAGCUUAAAGGGAAAGCACAAACUGUCUGAAUGUUUGGGGAAAAGGGUAAGGGUUUUUAUUGUCUUUUCCCUGAACACUACUUUCCUUGUGGGAAAGAACUUAGAUCUCUGAAGUGGAUGGAGCUGUUGUGCAAAGGAGGGAGGGAGCUGAACUCUGUUUAGUUUGAUGAGACCCCCCAGGGAAGGGUACCCAGAUGAUGAAAAGCAGAAGGAAGGACAGGGAUUGAGGACAGGCCACUGGUGAGUGUUACAGAGCCCAACUUUAGUGCCAGAGCCAUGAGUUUACAUCUUUGCCUCUGAUUUAAAGCCUGAGUCAGGUGCAUGUGUUGCUGCCUUGCAGCUUUGAUGUUUGUGCAAGUUUUCAGGCUAAUUCUUGUUGAGUGCUUGACCCCUAAAAACUGUUCACUGCAUAGGAUUCAGGAAGAAUUUGGCUUAUGUUGUAGCUGCUUUGACUUGCAGGAUAAUAUGUAAUACUUGGUCUUAAAACUCACAGUCAUGUCAUUAGCAAACCAACUAUUUAACUCAAUUUUAAUUACUGUGCAGACAUUAACUAUUGGAUAUCCAGAGCUCCUGGGAAAUAUUAAUCUUUCUCCUGUUUUGCCAUUAUUCAGCAAGAAGGAGAGCUGAACACAAACAUCUCCUGUAGCGGGUGCUUUAAAUGAACUUUCUUUUUUCCAAAGACACAGUCUAUCAACUUCCACAGUAUCUUUAAGAGAUCCAUAAUCCCACAGAUCCCAGGCUUGCUGUAGCAGCUAAGCACUGCAGACUAUCUGUGUGUUCAUGAAUCCAGGCUUAACCUCUUUGCUUUUGCUGGGGCUGUCUGCUGAGCACGGUCCUCCUCUGCGAAAGCGAGCAAACUGCAUCUGGCUCUCCACAUGGAUGAAAGCUUCCCACUUUUGGAUGUCCAGGCAGGCCACAGGCAGGUCAGUGAUACAGUGAAGAGAAUACAUGAGGGUUUCUGCACGUGCUGAUGCCAUCUCAUGACACACAAGCCAGAUGGAAGUACCCCCACUUAAACUCUGUGGCUCCAACUACCCCCUGAGCAUUGCCUUCAUUGUGGUGAAUGAGUUCUGCGAGCGCUUCUCCUACUAUGGCAUGAGAGCUGUCCUGACACUCUAUUUCUUAAGCUUCUUCCACUGGGAUGAGAAUCUCUCCACUGCUGUGUACCAUGCCUUCUCCGCAUUGUGUUAUUUCACACCUGUCAUCGGAGCCAUCAUGGCAGACUCAUGGCUGGGCAAAUACAAGACGAUCAUCUACCUCUCCAUUGUGUAUGUUGUUGGCCAUCUGAUAAAGUCAGUCGGUGCCAUUCCAUCCCUGGGCAACCAGGCAGUUCAUGUGGUCCUGUCUAUGGUUGGUCUGUUUUUGAUCGCCCUUGGAACAGGAGGUAUCAAGCCCUGUGUCUCUGCAUUUGGUGGGGACCAGUUUGAAGAGGAACAUACCUCAGAGAGAAGCAAGUUUUUUUCCAUCUUCUAUUUAUCCAUUAAUGCUGGAAGUUUGAUCUCCACGUUUGUAACUCCUGUAUUAAGAGGGGAUGUGAAAUGUUUUGGAGAGGAUUGUUAUGCACUGGCUUUUGGUGUCCCAGCAGCACUGAUGGUGUUGGCACUUGUUGUGUUCAUUGCUGGAAGUGGACUGUACAGAAAGACACCACCACAAGGAAAUGUCUUGCUGGAAGUGUGCAAAUGCAUCGGUUUUGCUAUUAAAAACCGGCUGAAAAACCGCUCCCGUGAGAUUCCAAAGAGAGAUCACUGGCUGGACUGGGCUUCAGAAAAAUACUCAAAACAGCUGAUUGGGGAGGUUAAAAUGGUGACUCGUGUUCUCUUCCUCUUCAUACCACUGCCAAUGUUCUGGGCCCUGUUUGAUCAGCAGGGAUCCAGGUGGACUUUGCAAGCCACAAAAAUGAAUGCUGAUUUUGGGAUAUAUGUCCUUCAGCCUGACCAAAUGCAGUUCUUAAAUCCACUUCUUAUUCUUGUCUUCAUCCCAAUUUUUGACCUUGGGCUCUACCCCCUGAUAAACAUGUGCAAAUUGAAUUUCACACCUAUUAGGAAAAUGGCAACAGGUAUGAUCCUUGCAGGGCUGGCGUUUGGACUUGCAGCUGUUAUAGAAGUCAAAAUAAAUGAAACCGAUAUGCCUCGACUUGUCCCAAAAGAAAGUUUAAUUCGGGUUCUGAAUUUGGCAAAGAACCCUGUUCAAGUGACAAUCCAAGACAUGGACCUAUUUCAGCAGCCUGUGGAGUCUUUUCAGAACCCAGCUGAGUACUCAAAAUUAAUAUUGAAUGGAGAGCAACAGAGCCUUCACUUCACCCUGCAACAUCAAGGAUUGACUCUUGCUUUUAACUACACCGUGAAGGAAAAAUCAGUAUACAGCUUAAUUGUUUUUGAGGCAGAAGGAAGCCUAUCAAGCCGCUUAAUUACAGACUUGGAAGCAAAGCCAGAAAAUGGUUUGGCAGCUGUUAGAUUCAUUAAUGGUUUGAGUCAAGAUGUCAACCUCACCAUUGAUAGCAAAAGGUUCAUUGCUGUCCAGAAAAACUACAGUGCUUCUGAGUACUCACUGCUGGAGAGGGACAUAUAUAAUAAUGGAAAAUGCAUAACUGAAACAGGAGAGCUCCCCCUGGAGCUGGGGCUGCUUGACUUUGGUGCCUCAUACACCGUUGUGAUAACUAAUAUUUCUGGAGGUGCAGUUGAGACAUGGAAGUCAGAAGACAUCAAAGCCAACAAUGUCCAUAUGGCCUGGCAGUUACCACAGUAUUUACUGAUAUCUGCUGGGGAGGUGAUGUUCUCCAUUACAGGUCUGGCCUUCUCCUAUUCUCAGUCUCCAGCCAGCAUGAAGUCGGUGCUGCAGGCAGGCUGGCUGCUCACCGUGGCUGUGGGGAAUACCUUUGUGCUCAUUGUUGCCGAGGCUGCACCAAUGGCACAGUGGGCUGAAUUUGUCUUGUUCACUGUUCUCCUCUUUGCUGUGUGCAUUAUUUUCUCCAUCAUGGGAUAUUUCUAUGUCAGUGUGGAUCCAGAGGACCUAGAAGAAAAGGAAGAGAAGAGAGAGAACUCAAGCAGAGGAAACAUGAUUGGUCUUGUUACUCAGAAAACAAAGCUCUAACACAUCAUGGGUUGGGUUGUUUUUUGGGUUUUUUUGACUCAGUUAUGAGAAGGUGAAAGAAGGGUGAGGACAGCGUUAUUUUAUUUUAGAGCAUUGCAGUCUUUCUUACUCAAAAUGUAACCACCUUAUAAAUGGGACCAAAUGGCCCUCUAUAAAAACGAUGGGGGUUCUGAAAGCAGAACAAAACUCCCUGGGAAAGCUCCUCAGGUAUUAAAAGCCCUUAUUAGUAAUUACAGUGUAAUUUAAAACCUGCCCAUCUUCUUAAGCAUGGAAUGCUUUCCUAUGAUUUUGCCUUAAACAUAUAUUUAGGGCAGCAGGGAGGAAGGGUGGAAGGAAUGCCAUAUGACACAAAAAUCUGGAAAUGUUACGAGAGAAGAAAGAGGAAAAACUACUAUAGGAAUUAGGGAAGAAAAGAUGUUAGUAACAGAAGGAUUUUUAAUGCUAUCAUCAAAGACUGUAAGGGUUACACACAGUCCCAAAGGAUUUCAUCAGGUAACUCUCCUUAUGAGUAUUUCAUCCCAUUAUUGCAUGUUAUGAAUGGUUCUGAUUUAUGAUUUUCACCUUCAGGCUCAGAAGUAAUAACAGGGAAUUAAAUUCUGCAGGCUAAAAUAUUCCCAAAACACUGCUGACGAAGACAAGCAUGCUACCACCUCUCCCUUUUUUUCCCCUAGAAGUUUUUAGCAAGUGAUUGUGUUCUUUGAUUAGACAUGAUUAGAGAAUUGCUUUAUGUUUUCUUAUUUCAGAAUUCCAGACAGUUAUUUGCCAUCUUCCUAUACAUUAAGCCUUUAUUGGGCAUUUCCUUUUACAGCACCUGUCACUGCAAGUUAGGAUAUGGCUGAUUUCUUAUCUCAUGCCUCACUUAUUCCCCACUGGGAGACAAGUUGCAGUAGUUUCUAUAACAUUCCAGGCAUCCUGCAGUGAGUUAUUUACAAGGAUGCACUUUAUCAUUUUUUCAGUCUACAAGAGGAGAGCAUGGCAUAUGAGAUUUUUCUUUUUCCUCCUUGUUUUUCUGUCUCUACCAGACUUUGGAUAUAGCAAUUUUAUUGGAAUUGUGAUAUAAUUGUCUGAUUUUCCUCAA